AUGGAGGAUCAGUUUCCUGGACAGAUCGGCCGAUUGCAAUGCGCCAGUAAGAACAGCGAAGGCAGCACACCACUGAUGGUGGCUGUGGAACAUGUGGGUGACAAACCCAUGGAGCAGGUGGAGCAAAUGCUGGAACUGCUAAUCCUCAAAGGUGGCAGCAAUCCCAAACUCAAGGAUUCCUCAGGGAUGGAUGCCUUCAGCACCGCCAAGAUUCUGACGAAUCGUGGGGAUGAACUGGAGAAAGUCCUGCGGAAACUGGCGCCCAAGGUGGCCGCAGUGUUCUGCCUGCGUCCGCAACCAGAGAUCGGCACACGCUUCACGUGGGUAGGUGUAGCCUUAGCCACCCUUGGACAGAGUUGGUCAAAGGGGAAUCAAGAGCGGCGCUACUUCAUCGCUUUCCACACCAUCAGCCGCGGCGGCACCCGCAUCUUGCAGCUCUUCUUUUCUGUGGCACCGUUUUUCUUCGCCUUUAUCUUGUUGGGCGUGUGUCUCUUCUGGAAAUCAGCGAUGUUCUCAAGCCCGGAGAGUGCCGCGGAGAUGUUAUUCUCCCUGAUGAAUGGUGACUCCAUCCACGACGCCUUCAAAGAAGUUCGUUCUGUGGGUGGCAUUCUGUUGCAGGCCUAUUUGUAUGUCUUCAUUUUCCUUGCGAUCUAUGUGAUCUUGAACAUCAACAUUGGAAUCGUUGAAGAUGCAUUCCACGAAGCAAAACACCGCUAUGUGCGCCAUCACGAUGGGCCACCAGAGGGCGAAAGCAACGACUUCUCGGAGCGGGUGCGGCGGGCCAUUGAGGAAGAGUCCCCGGAGUUGGACUUUGUGGAGCUGCUGAACGGUCGCCACGUGGGUGCCGGAAGUGAACCACAGCUUCCACUUCCACCUGCACAGCCUGGUACAACAACCUCCAGGUCCACCGCACGUAGCAGCGAAAUUCAGGGAACCAUUUCCGGUAAUUUGAUGAAGACUAUGUCGGGCAAGUACAUCAGCCCCAGAUAUUUGGAAAGUCCAAAUCUUCAAGAAGCCUUGGGGGAUGCUUUCUUUGACCGCGGCCGCUCCGCAUCCCUUCCAGUGCGCAACUACGAUAGGUCCUCACUACUGCGCCCCCCACGCGGCACCGGCACCGGCGGCACUGGCAUUGCACCCGCGACCUCUGGCGGGUCGUCGUCUUCGGAGUCGCAGCGGGGCAUGGACCAGGAAGAAGUGCCAACGGCCGCAGGCUCCCCUGAAAUGGAGAUGCGCGUGGUGGAUCAGGUCCAAGAAGCUUUAGAAGAAAUCUACACGGGAGCCGCACACCUUCGGAACAGGGCGCCCUCUCGCCGUGGCCCCGUGACCAUGGCUCGCGGCAAGCGGAUGAGUCGUCAGACCACCAGCCCCAUCGAGGAUCACAUCGAACGUCUCCGGGUCCAGCGCAUGAGCAGCAAAGCACCAGAGGAUCGUGACUGGCCCGGGCGCUUUAAUCCAGGGCAGAGGGCGUACAUUGAGAUCAGGCACUACAGCCAUACCACCAACAUGUUGAUCUCCCGCUCCGGAUUUCAGCGCUUGGCGCGAGACAUGUGCCAACAAGUGUCACAGGAGAAGUAUGACGAGUGGAAGACCGGGCAGGUGAAGUACAUCGACGGCUGGGAGCCGCCCCAGAUGUACCGAAUGGAGGUGCAGGGCCUCGCUUGUCUGCAGGAAGCUUGCGAGGGCUUGCUGGUGGCCAUGAUGGAAGAGAUGAACCACUCGGCUAUCCAUGCCAAGCGUGUCACUAUCAUGCCCAAAGAUUUGGCCUUAGUGAGUCGCCUCAGUGGUACCAACGCCUACCAGAACUACGGCCUGCAGAAGCCCAGCCGCGAGGCGGACUUGGGCGCUCCGCGUGCAGAGGCCGCAGAGCCGGGGCCGCCCCGGAAACGGCCGGCCGCGCAGGCGGAGGGGCCGGAAGGGAAGCGAAAACGAAAGAAGAAGGACGGCUGAGGACGGCUGAGGACGGGCCAUCCUGACAUGACAGUGGCACUGAG